AUGGGAAUUCCAACACGAGGAGAUAAGAACCGAAUUGUUAAGCGCAAGUUCACACCAAGAAAAACCUGGACAGAAGCUGUUAAGGAAAAUAUUUCGCCGCAAAGUGCCGCUCUACAGGAUGCGCUCCAAUGCACUCAAUGCCGAGAUCUGCAUAUUAUUCCAUAUAUGAUGAGUGCGGAUAUUGCUGCAGGCUCGUAUAUCAUAUCGGAAUACCCACCUUUCUUCGCCAGCAAAAUUGCAUCGGAUGAUUGUAUAUCUCCCCUGGACACAAACAUGGCAGCCCACCAAAAUAACGAUGAGACAUUUUGGGAAGACAUUACCCCAACCCAGCAACAGCGCUACUACGACAAGAUCGAUACCAUUCUCAAGAAGGCAGAGGCCGAGUCAGGCAAGCCAAUAGAUGAAGCCACCGUUCUUUUCGCCCACUACCAAGUGGACUUCCACAUCCGCCAACACUACCUUGCCCCCCGAAGUAUUCUGAAUUUAUGCCGCUCAAAGGAUGAUAUUCGAGCGCUGACCCACUGGCAAUGGAAGAGCGCUGUAUCAGAUAAAACAGCCUUUGCAGGAUGCCCCGACUGGGGCGUGGGAUGGGUGCAUGAGCCGAGCAAUUCUAUAGGCCAGCAGAUUGCAGCUUGGCGUAUGGGGGAACGAAGGCGAGAGAAACAUCUCGCGGAAGUGCAGGCCCGGUGGGCUGAGAUCAGAGAUGAGCGACAGAAACAGAGGACGAGGACAAUAAAUAUUUUGUUCCAGGGCGCGCAUGUUAGGACUUACAAGUAUGAGCCAUGUGGACCGUGUCUGACGGAGGAAAAGAUUGUGGACAUUACAAGGGAAAGGGGUGAGCAUUAUGAAGCCUUUUGGAAGUUAUAUGACGAGUGA